UGAGCAUCUAUUUAUCGAGCGUUUGAAAAGAAAUUGUGUGGAUUAUGCAGAACCAAUAUGUUGUUUUCUGCAUGGGAACACAGCGAUGUAAAACAAGUAAAGGUUUGUCCGUAUUGAUGUGAAAUGGAGACAAUUGUAUUACACAAGACAUGUAAUGCCGAUUUACCUUGAUCGAACACAAGCUGCUGGAUUGCACCUUUACCUGCCGGGGAUCAGUAAGUGACGGAGGUAUACCUUGUAUAAAAUCCUAGACGGGUCCAGGAAACAAGAUAAUUUCAAUGCAUAGAAAACGUAUGGUAAUACCGUAUGCGACCGCCGCCCUGCAUCGUGAUGGCAGGUUGCCAUAGAAACAGUAAUACGCCCUCCCAGAAACGACUGUCUGAUUAAUUGGAGGCAAUACACGGACAUUAUAACACACGCUUAUAUGCAACGCAGCCAUUUCACCUUACAGGUGCAAACAUAGAACGGAUUAACUAGCCAAAUCUAAGGAUUAUUCACGCUUUCUCGCGUCAGGAAAGAAUUCAAGACAUCGUUGAAAGAUCAUGGAUGAAAUUGAGAACGGAUAGGCUUAAUGUAGAGAUAAUUCAGAUAGAUUAUUAUAAGGGGGUCACUGAACCACCGCCCACACCGACAUCAUGGAUAAGGUGUACCGGAAAUACAAACAGGCCCAGUUGAAUCCCCAGGUCCUAAUGGAUGAACUCGGGAUAGACGUCUCAGAUGGCGAGACGCUGGGCAUGGGCGUUGUGCGCAAGGAAAUAGACCUAAAUAAUGAAGAGAAACAGUACCUUCUUGCAAUAGAACGUGGUGAUAUGGCAACCGUUAAAAAUUAUCUCGACGAAGCUCAGAUUUAUUUUAAUCUUAAUAUAAACUGUGUUGACCCGCUUGGUCGUACGGGAAUUCUGAUCGCCAUUGAAAAUGAGAACAUUGAAAUGAUCGAGCUGUUGUUGCAGUACAAUGUUGAACUAGGUGAUGCACUUUUACAUGCGAUAAAUGAGGAAAACGUUGAAGCUGUGGAGCUCAUACUCAGCCAUCAAACCCACAGAAAAAAAGAUUUAUCGGUAAUCAGCGAAGACGACGAGGGCUUUCUUGGUGGUACUCCAUCCAGUUCAUUUACGCCAGAUAUAACUCCAAUAAUUUUGGCUGCACACAGGGAUAACUAUGAAAUCAUUAAGAUACUCUUGGACCGUGGGGAGGUGAUACCGAAACCACAUGAUGUCAGGUGCAGUUGUAAAGAUUGUAAGAAAAGCUCCGAAGAAGACAGCCUCAACCAUUCCCGGUCUAGGAUCAACGCUUAUCGUGCCUUAGCCAGCCCUUCUCUAGUCGCACUUUCUAGCAAGGACCCGAUACUGACCACGUUUGAGUUGAGUUGGGAGUUGAAACGGUUGAGCCGUUUUGAAAAUGAGUUUAAAGAUGAUUACGAAACGCUCUCUAAGAAAUGCCAAGAAUUUGCAGUAGCUCUUCUGGAUCAAACACGUGGAUCAGCAGAGCUGAAAAUUAUUCUCAACCACGAUACAGAUGGCCCUGCUAAUGCAGAUAGUGACCACAUGGCCUUGUCACGACUUAAACUUGCUAUCAAAUUUAAACAAAAAAAGUUUGUAUCGCAUCCUAAUUGCCAGCAGCUUUUGGCAUCUCUGUGGUAUGAAGGAUUACCAGGAUUCAGGAGACGUCCGACUGCAUUCAAAUUAAUCUGCACGAUGGUCGUUGCGUUUAAUUUCCCAUUCUUAUCAUUGCUCUACAUCAUGGCACCCAAGGGGUGUUUUGGGCGACUUAUACGAAGACCCUUCAUCAAGUUUAUUUGUCAUAGUGCAUCCUACAUGUCUUUCCUAGGAUUUUUGAUAUUAGCGUCCCAGAGAAUUGCGAGUCUUACUCUAAUGAUGGAUACGGAUCGCAUGAAAAGUGAAAUAAGGGGUGCUCCACCUACUGUUAUCGAAUGGAUCAUAAUGGCCUAUGUAGCAGGACUGAUAUGGGCCGAGGUCAAGCAACUGUGGGACGAGGGGGCCAGGGCAUAUAUCCAUGAUAUGUGGAACAUACUGGAUUUCAUUACAAACUCUCUCUAUCUCGCAACUAUAGCAUUGAGAGCUGUUGCAUAUAUCAAGGUAGAACAAGAGAAAGCAAUUGGUCUAGAAACAGCUAAUCUACCUCGCAAGGAAUGGGAUGCCUAUGAUCCAAACCUAAUAGCAGAGGGACUAUUUGCCACAGCAAAUAUAUUCAGUUCACUUAAACUCAUAUACAUUUUCACAGUUAACCCACAUCUUGGGCCAUUGCAAAUAUCGCUUGGACGAAUGGUGGUCGACAUAUUGAAGUUUGCAUUCGUAUUUACUCUGGUGUUAUUUGCAUUUGCAUGUGGGAUCAACCAACUUUACUGGUAUUAUAGCGUCACUAGACAAGACGAAUGUCAGCAACCAGAAAAUAUACAAAAGCAAAUGUGUAUUGAUCAAAAGUAUAAAGCUUUAUUAGACUUAUUUGAAAUUAUGCAGACACUUUAUUGGGCAAUAUACGGGCUUAUAGACCUUGAGCAUUUCGAGCUACAGGAAGAACAUGUAUUCACUGAACUGUUGGGGAAGCUGAUGUUUGGCGUUUAUAGCGCCAUUGCUAUCGUUGUUCUUCUAAGUAUGCUGAUAUCGAUGAUGUCAAAUUCCUACAACCAUAUAACGACAUUGUAUUGGGCCAUAUACGGUUUGGUUGACUUGGAACAUUUUGCACUGCAAGAAAAGCACGAAUUCACCCAACUGCUAGGGAAGUUAAUGUUUGGAGUUUACAGUGCAAUUGCCAUAGUGGUUUUACUCAACAUGCUAAUCGCAAUGAUGUCCAAUAGCUACCACUCUAUAGUGGACCAAGCGGAUACAGAGUGGAAAUUCGCCAGAUCAAAGUUAUGGAUGAGUUACUUUGAAGAAGGAGGUACUGUGCCACCACCAUUCAACAUCAUCCCGACUCCAAAAACAAUAUGGUACAUUCUCGUGUGGUUCAAAACACGUAUGUGCCAGUGCACCAAAAAACAGAAGCGCAACAAAUGGCAGAGCAUACGGAGGGUAGUGAAAAAAGUCAACGAACGAGAACAAAAGUACCAGAAAAUUGUAAGGAAUGUCUCUGAAAAUGAAAAACGUUAUCAGAUUGUGAUGCGAGACUUAAUCAAACGUUACAUCAUGCAACAACAAAGGGGAAUGCAGACAGAAGGCGUCACUGAAGAUGACCUUAAUGAGAUUAAACAAGAUAUAUCAGCGUUUAGAUACGAACUUCUUGAAAUUCUGCGCAACAAUGGCAUGAAGACACCAACAUAUUCCAAGAACCAACCUGGCAAAGGCAGUCGACUCAGACGUAAAAGAAGUCAGAUGUCGAUUGACCGGAUGAAGAAAAACCUCCAAAUGGAACCUAUCCCCGAAGGAGAUGCUUUCAACAAACGUUUUGGGAAAAAAGAAAAUGGAAACGCAGACAUCAACAAGAAGGAAGAACUGCAAAGUAGACUCUCUCAAAAUUCGAUGGAUUCCAAUACAUCAGGCAAUAGCGAAAUGGAUUCAGAGAAAGAAAUCGACAAGGAUAAAAAGGAACCUGAACGAGAUAGUUCGGACCAAUCACUACAACGUAAAGAUGAGGGUCUUGGGGAAUCGUUCGAAAUACAGUCUGAAAUGUCUGAUAGUAACAGUGACACUAGGUUCAAUGGCAAUGGCGGAAGUCGUACAUCAAUUUAUGACACUGUCCCUGAAGAAAAAGAAACUAAUGUCGAAGACGUUAAUAAAUCAGAGCUUAAUGAUAAGAAUGAGAUUGACACAACAAAGAGCACUGAGAAUGAUAGCGGCAAUGGUGCCACUGAUGUAGAAAGCCCAGAAAUCGCUCUUGAUCCCAGUAAGUUGGACAACCAAGCAUCUGAGAAAGGUGUGGUUGCCAAGCGUGUAUCAUUCCUCUCCUCUGAGUCAAAUAAGUAGUAAGCUGUCGAAUCCAACAUAUGUAUAUCACAUGAGAUUGUAUAACCGUAUACCGAUCCCGUAUAUUCUAUUUAAUAUAUAGACGGACAUUCUAUAUAUAAUAUAUCAAAUUAUGAAUUAAACAUUUAUCAAAGGUCAUAAAGAUUUCACAAACAUUGUCCUGACUAACUACGAUAAGAUAUGGAUAAACAAUAAUACUAUCAAUAUCGACAUACGUAUAUUAGAUCAUUAUAGUAGAUAAAAGUAUUUAUUCCGAAUUAGACAACAUUUCAAAAUAAAAAGUCGUCAAUGAAAACUCUUCAAAGCAUGAAACACACCGUAUACUUUUAUUCGAUUAUCAAAUCUCUUACAAUCAAAUAGAAAAACAAUAAAUCUGAAUGAAAAACAUAGAAAUAGGGGACGAAUCACUGUCUAGUUAUGAAGUUGUAGUGUAAAAGCAUAAUACAUUAUAUGAGUGUAUGUCAACAUAUCACAUCUUGGUUAUAGUGAUCAUGGUAUAUUGAUAGCGUUCCGGAUGGAUGUGAUGUCAAAUCACAUAUGAGUACCUGAUCAUGAAGCAUUUGUAAAAUUAUAGUGUGAACAGUUAAAAUUGCGACACAUACAGUACAUUUUAGGUUUAAAAAAUAUUGACAAGUGUUUUAGAAUAUUUUGAGACAUCGGAAGCAGGGGCUAUAAGUAUGAUUUAUAAAACACUUUGCAAAGUAUUUACAAUUUUCAAGAGUUUACAUUUGAAAUAAGCUUUGCAUUAUUUGUGCAUCAUAUGUUUUUCUUGGUCGGGUUAUUUUCCCAGUGAAAUGGUAAGACAAAACCUCUAAGAAUAAAUGCUCUUGGUCAUAUUCAUUUUCUUAUCAAAACUGUCUGGGACAUUAUGAUGUUUCAGUUGAGCACAUACUUAUAACAGGUUGGCAUGAUGUGACAUGACAUGCAAAGUCAUUUUACGACGAUAUGAUAGAAUAUGCUUAACUCAUAAAGCAUUAUACUUAUUAUACUAUCUACAUUAUAAGUCUAAGUUAUGUGGCGAAAGCAGGCCUUACAACCACGACAUUGUAUAAAAUUUGUAUUUGUUGGUAUAUUGUAUGAUAAAUAUUGUUGUUGGUUAAAACAUAUAUGCAUGAUUUGUGCCAUGUAAGUAAUACUAUCUUGUUAGCCACUAUUUUAACUUUUGUUUUAAGCGUAACGUCUCAAAUAAACAGUUACAUUGACCGUGCAGAAAACAUACAAUUAUCAAAAGAUAAAACCAGUGUGUAACAUUUUGUGAUCAUGUGUGUAAAUUAACCACGUAUCAACGGAUUACCCAUUUGGAAAAUUUUAGAAAAACCUUUCCCAAUACCAUAUUGUAAUAAAGUGGCGUUACCCAACCUGUCAAGUCUCGAUUUAAAUCGGGAGAUAUUGCGAGUCCCCGAUUUUUAAUAGAAAUGCAGAUUUUUCAGAAAUAGAACCCCUUUCAAACGACACAGAUUUUCCCCUAUUUUCAGAAAAAUAAAAUAUAUUCUAGAGAGGAGAUUUUAAUUGUGUGAGACUUUAAAGUGAGGUCAUCUAUGCAACAUAAUAAUACAUCUAAUUGGAUAAUUGGAUAAACAUCUUGUACAUGCAUUAAUCAUAUUAAAGAAGCUAAAGAUCAAAGCACUUCGCAAAAUCUAUUUCAUUGAUAAGCAGUUUGGAAUUGCGUUUAAAAGUGCAUGAUUCUUGCAUACGAUUUAUAUUCUACAUCCAAUGAAUAUAUGUGCUCUAUUUUGUAUCAUACACAAGCGGCAAUGAAUGUAUCUCUGUAUCAGUUGCAUAUCUUUCUCAUCCUGAGAACACGUCUCCAUGAUAAUGUAUUAGAAUGAUUUCAUAGAAUGGAUAUUUCUUAGAAAUAUUAGUUAAUGAAAACACAGAAUGAAAUCCUGUGCUCAGGGCUGAUGUGAAAAAGUCAGUCCACCCCAGUGAGGAUCGAACCCAU